GUCCGUCGCGUUCCAGAGGGAUACCAAUCGAAUUUGGCUGCAAAUGGCAGUGGUCCGCUCUAAAUUCUCUCUUCAUUAUUUUUCUUUCCUUUCUCCUCCCAGUCCCAAGUUCCUAACAGAUUAAUUUUGGAAUCCUGUAUACACAAAAUACGUCCGCGAACAAAGCCACAGCAUAAUUUUGGAAUUCUCUCACUCUCAGUGUCGCUCGUCCGAUCUCCAGGAGAAGAAGAAAGAAAGAUGAACGAGAAACAACGAUCGAUCCUCCUCGACUCUUCCUCUCGCUUCCCCCCACCUCCAGGAGUGAAGCUAUCGUACGGAACGGCGGGGUUCAGAGCCGACGCUUCGAUCCUCCAGUCAACGGUGUUUAGGGUCGGGAUACUGGCGGCUUUGAGGUCUCUGACAACGCAGUCGGUGAUUGGUUUGAUGAUCACUGCUUCACAUAACAAAGUAUCUGACAAUGGUGUCAAAAUCGCUGAUCCGACUGGGGGUAUGUUGACUCAGGCUUGGGAGCCCUUAGCUGAUGCUCUCGCAAACGUCCCCGAUUCUCUACAUCUCGUCCAGUUGGUUGAUGAUUUUGUGAUGAAGGAAAACAUACCACUUGAAGGAGUGCCGUUAGCUGUGAUAUUAUUGGGAAGGGACACGAGGCCAAGUGGGAAGUCACUUCUAGAAGCUGCAAAGCAAGGAAUCAGUUCGAUAGUUGGAGCUGUUGCUGUUGACAUGGGAGUGCUAACCACCCCACAACUGCAUUGGAUGGUUCGAUCCAGAAACAAGGGCAUGAAAGCAACGGAAAUGGAUUACUUCAACCAGCUUUCAAGCGCUUUCAGGUGCUUGAUAGAUCUGAUUCCCCCGGAAAGUGCAGUCAAUAUGAUGGACAAGUUGAUCGUGGAUGGGGCAAAUGGUGUGGGUGGAGAAAAACUUCAAGUUCUCGAGAAGGUGUUGCAUGGUUUGGAUAUACAGAUUCGUAAUUCAGGAAAAGAAGGUGUACUCAAUGAGGAAGUUGGUGCUGAUUAUGUGCAGAAGGUUGUUCCUCGUGGGUUUGCUCCUGCCGAUGCUGGUAUGAGGUGUGCAAGUUUGGAUGGAGAUGCUGAUCGGCUUGUCUAUUUCUCUGCAAUACAAAAUUCUAAUAAUAGGAUUCUUCUUGUUGAUGGGGAUAAGAUCUUGUCUCUGUUUGCUUUAUUUAUCAAGGAGCAACUAAGCAUCUUCAAUGAUAAUGAAGGUGAAAGAGAAAACAACUCUUACCUAGCAACUCUUGGUGUUGUUCAGACAGCUUAUGCGAAUGGUGCAUCCACAGAUUACCUCAAACAUUUAGGUCUACAAGUUGUGUUUACUCCGACAGGAGUGAAAUACUUGCAUGAGAAAGCUGCAGAGUAUGAUAUUGGGAUCUAUUUUGAGGCAAAUGGGCAUGGAACCAUAUUGCUCUCAGAAGGUCUCUUGCACUGGUUGGAUGGCAGAAGCAGUGAGCCUUCUUUAACUUCAAAAGGUUCAGUACAGCAGAAGGCUGCUCUGAGACUAUUGGCAGUCAGCAAGUUGAUCAACCAGGCAGUGGGAGACGCUUUGAGUGGAUUGCUUCUUGUAGAGGCUAUUUUGCAGCAUAUGGGAUGGUCAAUUCAUAAAUGGAAUGAACUUUAUUAUGAUUUACCCAGCAGACAACUAAAGGUAAAAGUUGUCGACAGAAGUGCUGUUGUUACAGCAAAUGCAGGAACCAUGGUAGUAAGACCCCUCGGCCUUCAAGAAGCCAUAAAUGCUGAGACUGGGAAGCUGUACACGGGAAUUUCUGAUUUUCCUGCUUCAAAAUACCCACGAGGCCGAUGUUUUGUACGACCAUCAGGUACGGAGGAUGUUAUAAGAGUAUAUGCAGAGGCAAGCACAGACGAAGCAGCAGAUAACCUAGCCAAUUCCAUUGCACAAUUAGUUGAUCAGUUCCUUGGUUUCAGAAGCUCUUAAUAAUCACUAACCAAAAUUUUCACCCUCAUUUUUUUUUUUUCCGAACAUCUAAUCUAUAUGCAGCAUUUUUUCAAUGAAGGUGAUUUUAAGGCCAUAUUUAUGCAAAUGGAGAGAGACUUUAUGGGCCAGCAUGUGUACCCUUUCCAUGAUUUUUAUUUCAUAGCUUCACUUUUUUAGCUCCUUUUGGAAUUGAGUGUGUAUGAAUUUUGAAACAAGUGCUCCUCUUAGUAGUGUUGACCUUGCUUCUCCA